AUGGGCUUAAGGUUAAGUUUAUUAAAGACAAUUAAUUUAUAUUUAUAUAUGGUGGUUAAGCAAUAGAUAAAUUUUAUGUAUUUGAAUUAAAAGAGGGAAUCUUUUAAGAAAAUUUGGAAAAGACUAUUAAAUUAAUUAAAUAUAAUUAGAUCUUAGAUGAAUAUCACUUUCCAAUAAUUUAUAAAAAGGAGAAGAAUAUGA